AUGGUAGAGCACACAAAAAAACACCCGUGCAAGUGCCAUUUCUCGGUUGUGACGGUGUCACCGCUGGUACAGAAGGUGGUAUGUCGUCCCGCGGGCGUCCUCUCUUCAAAGGAGACGCUCGUGGUCGUCGUGACGACCCUGGAGUACGGGGUGAGCGCGCUGACGUUCGAGGAGUACGCGGGAAACGGAGUGGGCUGUAACGAAGCGUUCUCUGUCGUGACGAGCCUGGAGGCGAUGGAAACCUGCCGGAAACGGAGCGUUGGCUGCUUGGAUACACUGCAGAAAAACCUAAAAUGCCUCGAAAUGCUUGGUUUUCAAAUUGAUGUAAGAAAUGUGGCUUCCGUGACGUGCACCCACUGUGUACACGACAAACACGACACGCAUCAGCAGGCCAUCCCGAUCACCGGGACGAUGCACCACACCACCAACUUGUACUAUUGA